AUGUCGUCGUCGUCGUCGUCGGCCGUUGAGCUGAAGCUACCCUUUCUGGUGCGUGUGCCGUCACCAGCCGACGUUCAUGAGCUCGCCGAAUACGCCCAGUGUGCGGCAGUGCUCUAUGGCUUGGUUAUGGCCCUAGAAACGUCGUCCGGUACUGAAUGCAAUCAAGUUCAAACCUGGACGGCGGUGCCGGUGCCCAUGACGCUUUUCCCAACGGUCAUUCCGCGCGCCUGCUACCACCAAGCCCGGAGCCUGGUGGCAACCUUGCACCGUUGCAUCGACGGGCUCGCCCGAGAUACUCCUUUUCUGCUCCAGAGCUUGCACUCAACUGCUUCUCAAGAUGAUUUCACCGCUCGAUUAUGUGACCUUGUCAGACAGCAGCCCUUGAAAGCGGAUGUUCCGGCUUUGAGCGUUACGCGUGCGGAUUACUUUGUAACUGCAAACGGCCGGUUGCAGCUGGUGGAAAUCAAUACCAUUGCGAGCUCCUUUGGAGCACUCGGCAGCCGUCUACGGGCACUCCAUACACACGUCCUGCACCGCGCGGAUAUUCUCGGACUCGCCAGCGAACUCCGACACGGUUCACAUUCGGAUGGAUCCGGUCAGUUCGACGGGGCAAUGGCGCAGCUUGCUUCAUGGCGACGGGGGCAGUGCGAAAACAACAUGCCCGAGAGCGGAGCGCUCGAGGGUAUUGCGGAGGCACUUGCCCAUGCGCACCGCUGGUGGCGCGCCCAGCACGAGCGCUAUUCGUCACCCGUUGGAAGCACGGUGAUUCUCUUCGUGGUCCAACCGAAGGAGCGCAAUAUCUACGAUCAGAAGUGGAUCGAACUGACGUUGUGGAAGGAGCACAAUAUUCGGGUGCGGCGCGCAACGCUUACCGAGAUUGCUCAGAACGGACAACUCGUCGGCGGAGCAGAAGGAUCACGUCCGACGUUGCAGCUUCGCAGCACCUCAAACGCGGAAACGGAGCAGGCGUUCAUCUCGGUUGUUUACUAUCGCGCCGGUUACGUGCCGCAGGACUAUGCAAGCGAUCGCGAGUGGCAAGCUCGAGCGAUGAUUGCGCGCUCCAAUGCGGUAGAGUGCCCAAACGCCUCGUAUCAGUUGGUCGGAACGAAGCGCAUGCAACAGAUUCUGGGCGAACCUGGUGUCCUAGAGCGGUAUCUGGACGAUACGCGCGGGUCGGAGCGCAUGACGCAUGGGCAUGCGGCAGCGUCAACGAUUCGUCCAUCGCAUCCCAAAGCCGAGGCGCUGCGUGAGACUUUCGUAGGGAUGUAUGCGUUCGAUGAUCCAAGUACGCGUGCUGCGCUGGUGCAGCGCGUGCUGGAUCAGCCGGAAAACUAUGUUCUCAAGCCACAACGUGAAGGUGGCGGUCAUAAUCUCUAUGGAGCAGAGAUGAAAACAUUCAUUGAACGCACGUGGAAUGCUCCCGACAUGUUGGCACAUCGACAGGACCCAGACCACCCACUUUGCGCUUACGUACUCAUGGAUAGAAUUCACCCAGGUAUAUCUCCGAAUGUUAUCCUCCGAAACGGACACACACCAGUACAGAGCGACUGUGUUUCCGAGCUCGGUAUUUUCGGGAUAUUUUUCGGGAGCACUGAGAAUGCCGGGUCGCCUGGAUCCAUCGGUGUGAUAGAGACUUUGAAUCAGGCAGUUGGGCAUCUCCUACGGACUAAGCUAGCACGGCAGGAUGACGGUGGAGUUGCUGCCGGGGUCGCCGCCCUGGACUCGCCCUGGUUGGACACUGCGUAA